CGCCUUCGCUCCCGUCUCCCAGGAGCCGUCGGGGUCCCGGGCGCGGCCCGCGUAACGCGGCGGGAGCGGCUCCCUCCUGCUUCGUCUUCUCUCCCGCCGCAGAGGAUGAGGAGCCCCCGCGAGCGAUUCAUAGAAAUAUGCGUUUCCAUAGUACCACCUUUGAACUAAUGAAGUGGAAAUACAGAUGAAAACAGUCUGGAGGAAGCUUGAAGUACAAUAUAGUUUCAUUCAGUUUCUUAAUUCUGAAGGAAACGAAGUUGGAAAAGUUACAAAAUCAUCCUUGCAGUUUUGUAUUAGGCUUCACCAAACAGGCUGAGCUCAACGUUCGUCAAGCAGAAGGGCCACUUGCCUUGCACAGGAAGGAUUAAAAGUGAACAAUGACUCGACUGAGAGUUUGUGAGCGAUUGCUUGGAGCCUAUCUGCUUAUCAUUCUCCAUGUUCAAGGACAAAAUCUAGACAGCAUGCUCCAUGGCACAGGAAUGAAGACAAAUCCUGACCAAAAGAAACAAGGAAAUGGGGUAACACUUGCUCCAGAAGACACCUUACCAUUUCUUAAGUGCUACUGCUCAGGACAUUGUCCAGAUGAUGCUAUUAAUAACACAUGCAUAACUAAUGGGCAUUGCUUUGCUAUCAUUGAGGAAGAUGAACAUGGGGAACCAACACUUGCUUCUGGCUGCAUGAAGUAUGAAGGUUCAGACUUCCAAUGCAAGGACUCACCAAAAGCACAAUUACGUCGGACGAUUGAGUGCUGUCGGACUGACUUCUGCAAUCAGGAUUUACAGCCAACAUUACCACCGCUCGAUAGUACAGAUGGACUUUUUGAUGGCAGCAUUCGCUGGAUGGCAGUCUUAAUUUCUAUGGCAGUCUGCAUAAUUGUCAUGAUCAUCUUAUUUAGCUGCUUUUGUUACAAGCAUUAUUGUAAGUCAAUGGCAAAGAGACACUGUUAUAAUCGUGACCUGGAACAAGAUGAAGCAUUUAUUCCAGCUGGGGAGUCAUUAAAAGACCUCAUUGACCAGUCGCAGAGUUCUGGCAGUGGCUCAGGACUACCAUUACUGGUUCAGCGCACUAUUGCCAAACAAAUCCAGAUGGUGAGGCAAGUUGGAAAGGGACGAUAUGGUGAAGUGUGGAUGGGCAAAUGGAGGGGUGAAAAAGUUGCAGUCAAAGUGUUUUUUACCACAGAAGAAGCCAGUUGGUUUCGAGAAACAGAGAUUUACCAGACUGUUUUAAUGCGUCACGAAAACAUCCUUGGUUUUAUAGCUGCAGAUAUUAAAGGCACUGGAUCCUGGACACAGCUUUACUUGAUUACAGAUUAUCAUGAAAAUGGAUCACUAUAUGAUUUUCUGAAGUGCACUACACUAGACAACAGGGCUCUCCUCAAACUGGCAUACUCUGCUGCAUGUGGUCUGUGCCAUCUACACACGGAAAUCUAUGGGACACAAGGCAAGCCUGCUAUUGCACACAGGGACCUGAAAAGUAAAAACAUUUUGAUAAAGAAGAAUGGGACAUGCUGUAUUGCUGACUUGGGUCUCGCAGUCAAGUUUAACAGUGACACAAAUGAAGUUGACGUUCCCUUGAAUACUAGAGUGGGAACAAAACGUUACAUGGCUCCAGAGGUCCUAGAUGAAAGCCUGAAUAAAAACCAUUUUCAGCCAUACAUCAUGGCUGACAUAUACAGUUUUGGGCUGAUAAUUUGGGAAAUGGCUCGACGCUGUGUCACAGGAGGUAUUGUUGAAGAGUAUCAGUUGCCAUACUAUGACAUGGUGCCAAAUGAUCCAUCUUAUGAAGACAUGAGAGAAGUGGUGUGUGUCAAACGUCUGCGCCCAGUAGUAUCUAACAGAUGGAAUAGUGAUGAAUGUUUAAGAGCAAUAUUAAAAUUAAUGUCUGAAUGCUGGGCUCACAAUCCUGCUUCAAGACUCACGGCCUUGAGGAUCAAGAAGACACUUGCCAAGAUGGUGGAAUCACAAGAUGUAAAGAUUUGACAAAGUAAACUGACAUUGGACAGCAAAGCUGGACUCCUAGAACUUUUCACUCAAACCUGGGUGAGACCUAUGUGGAAAGAGGAAAUAACUGAGAUUCAGUGUAUUUUCUCACCACGCUUCUACAGGCUGCUAAUCAAAUCUUUCAGUACUUCAUAGACUGUGAUACUGAGAGACUCUCUACACUACGUGCUAUGUAUAUGGACAGCCUUGAUAAAAUAUGCAUUUUGUUUUGGUAUUAGCUGCAUUGAGACUUCAGUCAUACUUUGUGAGUCUCCAGUAAAACUCUGGGUACUGAAUUGAAUGUUUCGAUUACAGUGCUUUCUGUGAAAGCCUAACAAGCUAUUAUGGAUUCAACAGAGAUGGAGAAUAUAAGCUUUUUAUUUGCCUUCUACCUGAUAAAACUUAGCCAAUCCAUACCAAGUUUUUGUGAAACAGCCUGUAGGUUAUGAAUCUGUUUGUGAUGUUACUCAGUUUAACGGUUCCUUAUGCAUUUGUGUGUGCCAGAAUUAUUUUGCUGCCAUUUGGAAUUUAAAUGAACAAAGUUUUAUCGUCAGGGCUCUAUUUUGUGACUUCACAAUCGGAGAUCUGCUACAGAAUUGAAUCCUUGCCAUUAAGUGAUCCUUGAAAAGUCACAGUUUUAUUUCUAUUCUUGUUUUGAUCACAAGGAGAACUGCUAAAAUGUGAACCAUUUAUAAAUUAAGGAACGCCUGCCUGGUCUGUAUAGUGCUUAAAACAAUGUUCUUAGAGGCACAGAUUGCCUUAGCCAUCUCACUUACAGUAGGGUGGGCUCCAUAAUUUGAUGAAAUUUGGUACAUUUUUCACAGUGCCACAUGCAACUAGUGUUUUUACUGUAGGGUACUUCACAUCUUAACAAAAAGACCUUUGUUGUGUUUUACUUUCCUUCCUUAUUGGAACUCACUGGUAGGUGCCAGUCCUUCUCCUAACUUUUUUCCAUACAGGAGGGAAUUAAUCAGCUGUAGAAGCAUGCUUUCUCAAUGUUUGACAAAACUAGACAGAAGGUAAGUUUUGGCAGACUUGAGAACCAGUCUAAUUUAAAGACACAAAAGUAGGAGAUUAGAGAAUACAAUAAAGGUUAGGACCUGGAAAACAGAAUAUGUAAACUAUUGAAGAUAAGAUUCACAACGUGCUGAAGACUUGGAGCUGUGUUGCUCUGGUGUAAAUGCAGGAGGUUAUGUCUGUGGGCCACUUAGUGGACAAUUGCAAAAUUACAGAAUUGAGAAAAGGUAAAUCAUUGGGUUUUUCAAGUUCUAGUCAGCUGUGUUUGGGAGGAAUGACAUAGAAAGAUAUUUUAUGAAGAUAAAAGGGAUAAGUAGAGUUGCAAUAUUUGGUCCUGUUGUGCCAACUGGUUGGCGUGCACAAGAAACUGUAGUUGCCUCCUUUUCUCCUCCCAUCCAGAUGAGUUGGUUAAAAACCAGAACCCCUCUGUGAGGUUGCAGUAAGGCAGAAUUAUUUAAUUAUGGCUCCUUUGAAACUUCUAAGUCAGGAAACAGUACCAUAAAGUUGAACCUUCAAGUCCAUGAGUUGUCGGAAGAAUGAAAACACAGUAUUUGCAACCAUUGAACCUAUUUGAUAAUUUAAGUGCCUAUAACUUUGUACUGUAAAUCUUGUUCUAGAUAACUUUAAAAAGGGAAGUUAUUUAUACAGUGUGUUUUGUGCUUUAUUAAAAAAAAUAAUUAGUCCUAUGUACAUGUGUAUAAUUAGAUACAUUCACGCACACACACAUAUAUGCCAUAGUUGAGAUUUGAAGAAAAAAGUUAGGAAUAAUAUUAAAAUUGAAGAAAAUGUUAAAACAUCAGGUUAAUUUAUGCAGAUUAUCUGUUGUCUGAAGGUGUGUACAUGGAGAUUGUUUUGAUACAUGUUUAAAUUUCCCUUAAAUACAACUGGUGAAAAAGUGUAAUGCAGAACUAAUGUGAUUUGUGAACAACUACAACCUCCUAACAUGUUAUCUUUUCAUUUUAAUUCUGUAGUUUGCAUAAUGUAAAUGGUCAGGCAAAAAGAUAGCAGUAUUUUUAUUUUCUAUUGUGAUGUACAGACUUUAUUUAAUAGUGCUACAAAUUUUAUAGAUAACUAGCUAUUUUGAGGGACAUUUCUUUUUUUUAACAAUAAAGUCAUUACUUUUGUUCAGUAAUGCCUUUAAGUAUUAAUAUGUACUCUGGCUGAAAAGUUCACAGAUGUGUCAGCUAUGAUUUUAAUUUAUUUGAAUAUGGCAAAAGAUACAAUAUAGUGCCACAGUGCUCAUGGAAAAGGGCUUUUUAAAAGAAGGUUUCUCCGUCCACUGCCAAGAACUGUAUGAUGCGUUUGAAAUUAUUAACCAUGUCUUUGCACAUCAUUUUUGCACAGGUAGCAGAAAAACAUUGGGUAUGAGCCAAAAACAGAAAAAAAGAAAACUUUUUUUUUUUUUUGGCUUUGCCUCUAGGAUUUUUAUCAGUAAGGAGAAAUGUUUAUCUAGGUAUCCUGCUAGCUUAAACUUUCAGACUAUGGAGAUUUAGUUAAAUUAACCCAGUCCAUUUUAGAAAUACUUUUGUUACUACUUUCAGAAGCUGUUACAGCAUUGUAAGCUGUAAGUUUUGUAAAAAUCAAUUUCUCUCAAGCUUCAAGAAGCCGUCGAUGACAGUAUAAGCAAAACAAGAAAGUGAAUUUCUGUAGUUUCUAAUUAUCUGCCUGUUUUCUCCUCUAUUGUAUAGGAUUAACAAAGUAAUAAGAUGAUGAUCUUUGGUAGAAAUCUUAUAGACCUGAACUGAUUUAUGCAUUCACUUAGACAAAGACGAGAAUAAACUGCUGCAAAGAUCUUCAAUAUUUGGGAGACAAAAAUCCUUGAUCCUGAAGAUUAACCUGGAUUUUUCAGCACUUCAUUUUCCAGAUUCAUACUGAAACGUAUGCUGCAUGUGUCGUUUUCCCUAGUCAUCAAGAGGAGCUGCUGGAUCUUAAGUAAUCCUUGAUUCUCUGAUAUUCUAAAAAAGCCAGUUCCUAAAGGAGCUGUUUGCAUGAAGCACUUCAGCACGCAUCUACCUUCCGUGUGAAGUAAAUCGCUGGAGCUCAAGUAUGUCGAUACUGAUAUUUUAGCCACCUUUCAGAAAGCUCUCAGCUCCAAGCCAGCCCAUUAGUUAUUAUAUAAUGAAACAGACUCUUAGGCUAAGGUUUUGCUUUAUGCAAUACUGUAGAAUUCAGAAGCCUUUAAGGGAUAGAAUAGAUAAUUGGGUUUGUCUGUUCACAUGGGAUAAUAAUCCUUUUUGGGUCAAAAUUGUAAGGAUUUGUCAUCUAAAACAAGUCCCCCAAGUCUGACAAAUAUGAUUUAUGUAUGCACAUAAACAUCAAUAAAAAUCAGAAGUGUGAAGUGCAUGAGUGCAUGUUGGGAGCGUGAAAACUGUGCCUUUGAAUUUCUUAAUUAUUAUUUUUUUUAAUUUAACCUAUUCCCUGUGAUUUCAGUAAUUUGGUAAAUAAUUUGAGUAACCUAUAUAAUUACUAUUGUCCAAAUUACUUGCAAAUUUCACAGGAAAUAUGAUGCUCCUAUUGUAAAAUGUAGGCUUGUAUUCUGAGUUCUGCUCAAAAUGUAGUUUUUUCCUGAGUUUUGCUCAGGGAAAGGACACUUCCCAAAAUGCAUCACUUUUUCCUGAUUAUUUUCUUGGUGAGUCUGUCUUCAAGUAUCGAAUGAGAUAUAAAAUGAAUAUUUUGUUACCUCCGUAGUGGUUUCAAAUGAAAUUUUAGAUCUUGAUCUGAAUGACCAUUUGAAUGUGUUUUUAAAAUGAAGCAUUUGCAUACAUUUUGUCUACUCUAUCCCCAUAGCUUGUGUUUCAACAACCUGAAACGUUGGAGAAGCCAACGUAGUUAAAAAGUCGUCUUUGGCUUUAGAAGACCUAUUAAAAGGGAAGUUAAGCAUAUCUUCCAUCAACUAUUAGGAUGAUACACUACUUCAUCUUUCUUUUUGACGGUGCCUCUGAAAUCAAUAGGUUUUUAUCUAGUGCCCACAGUCUUUGUUCUGAACAGGGAGUGAUGUCUGAAAACAGCUGGCAAUGUUGUAUGGUGCAGUGCUUUAUGGAGCCCUGGUGUGUUAGCUUUGUUUGGUGUAGCAGAAGUGGAGCACGCAUUACUUCUAACUUGAGAACAAAUCCAAUGUAAUUGUUGCAUAUUUUACCUUUGAUUGCAGUUGCAAACACCCACACCAUGUACUGACAUUUGUGCUCUGACAUGCCAUGCCCAAAAUAAAAUGUAUUAUAUUGUAUACAAGAUGAAUAAAUAACGUUGUAGCUAACUUAGAGAAGAUGUAAAUAAAAAAAAGAAAGAGUGGAACAAGGAAAACGGUCACACUCUUGUGUGUUAUAUGCCAGAAGUGUAGAAUAAUCCUUUAAAAAUGUAACACACUAAUGUAUUUUGUACAGCAUCUGCUUUAAAAGGUGCCUUAUUGAGUUUACCAUGAAUUGCUUGUUCUGUACACAGAUUAUGUCCAAUGUAUCAUUUUUAAGUAAAUAACCUUAUUUUAGUACA